GUACGAAUCACAACAAUUUUAAGUGAACCAUAACGAGUACUGAUUAUGUCGACUCUAGAAAUUAGAUAAGACCAGAUAACUGAUAGUGUUCGAAGGUGAUAGUGACAAGUGGGUGUGCGAAGAACAAAUGAUUCAGAGUAAGUAUUUAGUUAAUAACAGUUAUUUAUUAUUGUUAAUAGCAUAAUAAUUACUUAAACGAUUUAAUGUAAUUUAACAGGUGUGAUGUACUUGUAGGUAUUGCAUCUUGUUUCGUAAACUGUCAUUCGAAUUGUCGGUAUUUGAAAGAAUAGUGUGUCAGACUUAGCGUGAAGGAUGAGUUAGCAAGUGAAAAACCAAAGGUGUAUGAAAGGAUGUUACUAUAAUAUUGUGUUUGGUGUUGGUGCACGUGUUAGACUGUUAUAAAAUAAUUGUUGAUUGAAAUUCUGAGUUGUGUUUCUUGGAAUAUUACAUUGGAAUCUUAACAACCAUAGUGUCCAGGAAAAUCACAAUGCACUAUUUACAUCAGCUGAAGAGGCACGGAACUCCUUUAAAAUUCCACCAACUUAACACUUCAAUAGUUAUCGUGUAUAUCAUAGCAGCUGUACUAAGUGUAGAAGCUGAUGAUAGAUACCGACCCCACCGGCCACCAUGGAAAGGACCACCACCGUUUACACGACCACCACCACCACCAGAGCCUGUAAAGGGUGGCGACAUUUCUGAUGAUGCUGUUCAAAUAGUAGAUAUGUCUACAAUAAGGCCUGAAAUAAAUGGAGAUGAUAGUUCGAUAGUGGAUACGGAAUCUACAACCCCAAGGGAUACAGAAGAUGCAAAUGGAUCAGUCGACCCUGUGGACUGCACUGACUGUGACAAUGAUGUCACUGAUGAUGUGAUAAAUGACGUAAACGAUACAGGCGAGAAGGGAGGAAACAUUGAUGAAGACUACCGGAAUGAUUCAGUGAUCAACUUCCAAGAAACACCUAGAACGCCAGAAGAGGAAUUGAGUGAGAUGAUUGAGGGCCUGGACAAAUUAUUGAGCAACGAGUCUGCCGUUGUGACCAUGAAGGAUGUGUCGGAUGCCUUUGAUCAGAUGGACGUUCUACUAGCAACAAACGACACAUCUCUAGAAUUCCCCUGCACCGUGUUAACCGCCCUCGAUACGCUCGGCGCCCGCGCCGAUCUCAACGGCUCGGCGGCCGUUGCGACGGCGCGUCAUAACGUGGCAGUGGUUAUGGCUGAUUCUGCGCCUGAGCGCCCUGUUCGAGGACUCAAGAUAGUCGAUGGUUUCAUUGAUGAAGGGUUUCAAGUUCUACAGGAUGAACUGGAUCCAACCACUCUCACCGGCGAUGACACCGAAGCAGCAGUAAGCCUACCAGCAUCUCUGGCGGACUCGUCCCGUCGCAUCAGCUUCGUAGUAUUCCGCUCAGAUCGCGCGUUUGUACGGCAUGAUCGAGAGCAAUAUUUCGUUAAUAGCAAGAUUAUCAGUGUCAACGUGGAGAAUUUCACGCAGAUGUUAGAUGGAGAGGUGAUAGACAUCCAUUUGAAACCAUCAAUAUACAAACCGCCCCGAAAUAUGUCCCGCACUUGUGCUUACUGGCACUUCGCUGAGAAUGACACUGGAUACUGGUCACAAGAGGGCUGUACCUUUAUCAAAUCCCCAACCGGCUUGCUGGAUACCUGUCGCUGUACACAUCUCACCCACUUUGCUGAAGUCCUCAUCCCAAAAGACGUUUUUUCAGAAGAAAAUGAAACUACUUUGGAAAUAAUUUCCCUAAUAGGUUGUUUCUUGUCACUCUUUGGACUGCUAAUGAUUGUUCUUACUGCUAUUAUGUUUCGCUCGUGGAGAAGCGAUUUUAAUAACAAGAUCUGGAUACAAUUAACAGUAGCCCUGUUGAUAAACGUUAUCAGUUUUCUUAUUAUUGUUUUCUCUAAAUUCGAAGAUUACACUUCGUUUUGUAUGACAGUGGGAAUUAUUUUGCAUUAUGCUGUUUUAGCAUCGUUUUGUUGGAUGUUAGUAGCGGCUGUUAUUUCUUAUAGAAAAUUAGUUUUAGUAUUCGCGACGGAUCCUAGGCGAAGAUUGUUGAAAGCUUCAGCUUUCUCUUGGUUGUUCCCUUUAAUUAUAGUUGUUAUGCUUGUAAUUGUGGCGCCACAGUCUUACACAAAAAGAUUUGAAGACCAUACACCUACAGGAGCAUUUUGUUACCCAUCAGGCUUAGGUCUAUGGUUGACUGUCUACGCUCCAAUCGCUAUAGUAGUGAUAUCCAAUUGGAUUCUUUUUGCUUUGAUACUUCGCUCUGUAUUUGGAACAAAAAAAAUACAAAAACAUGGCGAUUCAAGCGAAAUGCUUCGACGCGCGUCUGUUAGUUGCUUACUAGUAUUUUUAUUUGGUUUACCUUGGAUUUUCGGUUUGUUUGCUUAUAAUAUUGUUGCUGCAUAUUUUUUCACACUAACAACAAGUUAUCAAGGAUUUGUUUUGUUUAUAUUUUUCAUUAUAAUUAAUACCAAAACUAGAAGUAUGUGGGUCAAUAAAUUACGUAUAACGAAGGAGACUAAGACACUAGUUAGCUCUUCGUUGAUAACAAGUAAAAAUGCCCAUAUUAGUAAUGAACCUGAACAGGCUCCAUUUAUAGAAUCGAACUCAUCACGGACUAACGUUACUUCUUUAGUGAGCGAUUCAAGUGAUGGUAAAGCAGUGGCGUAUAAUGUGGCAUCUAGUUCAACGGUUAUUGAAGAUUCGCAUUAUAAUAGUAAGGAUAGCAUAGAUUCAUUUAUUACUGCAAAAUCGAACGAUAAUUAUAGUGAAAAUGAAAUAUUUCAGAGUGUAGAAGGCAUAUUUGGUAUAAUAGAGGAUGAUGAAGAAAAUAAUACCAAACAAAAAUCAAUACCUGGUAUUGCGAGAAACUCUCUGCAUUCCAACAAAUCGUUACUAAAAGAUGAAGAAGUGCAAAGAAAUGACGAAAAUACCAGUAAUAAAGAUGGUUUAAGCGAUAGUUCUAGUCAAAAAAUAGGAUAUGACGCGGAAUUUAUCAGUCCAGAGAUAACUGUAUACAACAUAUCAACGCAAAACGCAUCGUUGAUAAGCUGACAAUUUAAUACACAGGGUUAAGAUGGUCGGCUCUUUAUCAUUUGUCACCAUGCCUGUCACGUUCUAACAAGUAUGUAAGCGUGAAAGUGACGGGCAUAGUGACAAGUGAUAAAAAUAGAACCAUGCUGCCAUCGCUGUAUAGCUUAAAAUGAACCACGUUAAAAUGUAAGGAACUGUACCUAUGCAUGAAUGUAUUAAUAUUAAGUAAAUAAGUACACGAUAAUUAAAUAAGUACCUACUAAGUGUUAAUGAUUUUUAUAUUAAGCAUGAAGUUGCAAUUUAUGGAAUUUGUGAAGUUAUUAUUAAAAUAUUUUUUACAUGUACCUAC